CCAAUCACAAUGGAGAAUCCAAUAUACGUGAUUAGCUUAUUCAACUCCCUCUUUCAGUCUUCACUCAUUUCUUAUCUGUCACAACUCACAAUAUCAACUCCCUCUCUGCCCAUAUCAUCAUCAUCAUCAGCCACCCGACUCCUCUGCUUCUUCUCCUCAACUCACUCACACAUCAUCUCCAUUUCUCUAGAUUAAUCAGCUUUAAUCUUCGACAUUCAUUUCCAUGGCGGCCACCAACACUUUCAACAAUCUUGGUCGACUCAACCACCACCACCACUCUACGACUCAUGACAUUCCUCCUCCUCCUUCCACCGCCGCCACUUUCUUCCUUGAACCCUCAACCUUCUCCCCUCUCUCUUCCCACCACCACCUUCACUCCCUCAUCAUAUCUUCCACCAAAACGUUCUCAGUCUCUCCCACUACCUCGUUUUCCACUAGCCUUUCUUCUUCUUCUUCCGAAUCCGACACCUUCGAACAACUACAGCAGCACCUCGCCGCCCAGAACUUCCGGGAAGCGGACGAAGAGACUCGCCGCCUCCUCAUAGUCCUGGCCGGCGAGGCGGCCCAGAAGCGAGGCUACGUCUUCUUCUCUGAGGUCCAGUUCAUCCCGGAAGCCGACCUGAAAGCCAUUGACGACCUGUGGAGACAGCACAGCAACAACAGGUUCGGCUACUCCGUCCAGAAGAGGAUAUUCUUCGACAAGGUCAACCAGGACUUCACCAACUUCUUCAUCAGAGUCGGGUGGAUGAAGAAGCUCGACACCGAGGUCGAUCAGUACAACUACAGAGCUUUCCCUAACGAGUUCAUCUGGGAGCUCAACGACGACACACCCGAGGGUCAUCUGCCAUUGACGAACGCUCUGAGAGGCACCCAGUUGCUCAAAUGCAUUCUAAACCAUCCCGCCUUCAAGAACACUGAAGAAAAAGAAGAACGACUACUCCAAGCCGGCAUGGCCGCCGGUGAAGGUAACAAAGCUGGAGGAGGGUUGAAAGGGUUAAUGGAUGCAUCCAAACCUCUCAACAAGAGGGUGCUCAAAUCAGACUACAGCUUUUGAUCGAUCUCAUUCUGGAAAACAGCAAACUACACAGAGAAUAACACAAGUGCUUAUUAUUACUCCAGUACUUGAUUAAUGCUUCUACUUUUUAAUUUUUUUCCUUUUUGUUUUUUGUCUUCAUUCUUCAAAGUAAUUUAUGUGAGGAUUAAUAUUAUUUUUCUGCUGGACAAGUGGAAGCAUGUAUGCUUUUACAUAGAAUAUCUGAAUAUGUAAAUCCAAUUGUGUGAGAUGUGCCCAAAUCGGAGCAAU